AGAACAUGUUAAAAUCACGAGUGAACGUAAACCUGGAUUUCUGGAACGUCUCAGUGACACUUCUGGGGGGAUGAUCAUUGGGCUUGCCGGUUUUGCACUGUCUUUCUACAUUCUUUUUACCAAUGAGAAUGGGCUCAUCACUUGAACAAAGCAGAGCAGGUGAAUCACCCUGAUGGUUAUGCACUGCUGUUUGCAGAUGGUUUCAGCUGCUUCUGUGGUCAUGGUCUAAAAAUAAUGCUUUGAAAUAUUUCUCAGCUGUGAUGCUUAUAAAAGGUUGACCAGAGAUCAGCAGCUCAUGGCUUGGUUACUGCUGGGUGUGAAUGAAGCUGGCCAGGAUGCUGUUCUUCGUCCUUCUGUUGUUGCCUCCAGCUGCAUCUCAGCCCAUCUAUGUCGUUUCACUCAUUCUGGGACCACUGUAUGACUGGGCGAGCUUUGAAGACAGCUUCCUCUCUAGAUGAGGGGCUUUCUCUGGUGGUCCCUCUUGACAACAUCCAUAGUGUUUCACAAGCGAAUGAAAGGCAGCUCGUGCACCUGUCUGGCCCCCUUAAAACAUCAAAGCCUUUGUAUGAUCCCAGCUAUGGACUUUCUAUCUGGGCUGUCAAGCUGAAGCGUAAUGUGGAAAUGUAUCAAUGGGUAGAACAUGAAGAGUCCAGAGAAUAUGAAGAGGAUGGUGAACGGAAAAAAGAAACCAGAUAUUUCUAUAAUACCGAAUGGAAAUCAGAAGUCGUGAACAGCAGAAAUUUUGAUCGAGAAAUCAGCCAUAAAAACCCAAGUGCCAUGGCUGUUGACUCUUUUACUGCUGUUGCUGCUGAUGUCCAAGUGGGCAGGUUUUUUCUUUCCAAAGGCCUCAUUGAGAAAAUCGAUAACUUCAGACAGAUGAGCUUAUCAAAACUGGAAGAUCCCCAUGCGGACAUUAUCCGUUCAGGGGAUUAUUUCUUUCACAGUGAGAAUCCUCGGCGUCCAGAGGUAGGAGACCUUCGUGUUUCAUUCUUCUAUGCAGGCUUGAGUGGAGACUCAUUCCACCUGGGUCCAGCAGAUACGGUGACUAUCAUUGCUCGUCAGCAAGGCGAUCAACUAGUCUCAUACCAGACUAAAUCUGGGGAUGUUUUACAGAUUCUCUAUCCUGGUGAGCUUUCUGCAGAGGAGGUGUUCCAGAAAGAGCAUGAGAGUAACACCAUGAAGACCUGGGGCCUCCGUGCAGCUGGAUGGAUGGCCAUGUUUCUAGGCAUCAGCCUUAUGACCAGGAUUUUUCAUACCCUGGUGGAUUGGUUUCCAGUAGUUCGGGACCUGGUGAACAUUGGCCUGAAAGCGUUUGCCUUUUGCCUGGCCACAUCGCUAUCCCUGCUGACCAUUUCAGUGGGCUGGCUCUUCUACCGGCCGCUGUGGGCAAUAAUGAUCGGAUUGCUGGCUGCAGUUCCCAUUGUGAUUGCAAGAUCGCGGGUCCCACCAAAGAAGCAGCAGUGACACCGUGAAGAAGGUGCCUUGCUUUGGAACCAUGACCCCUCUAGAGCUUCCGUCAUUUUUGAGGCAUUUACCAUCACAUGUGAGUGCAGUUGAUAGAAAAACUCCUUGACAUUGCAGCACCAAUAAUGCCAACGAGUUCCAGAACAGAGCUAGACGCAAAACACUGGUGCUGUUUUGUGUAAUGUAAUCAAAUGAAAAUGUACGACUGUCAGAGCUUGUCUUCAGAAGCUGUUAAACCAUGACACAGAGUGGUUGUGUGCCUUGUACUAAGAACAAUUUAAAAUGAAAAUUCUUUAUUAUUUUUUUUACUUGAUUCAGUACCUGCUAGUCCUUACAGGGAAGGGUAGGUGGUGUGUAGCUUUGAAAACAAUGUGUAAAUCACUGCAACAUUAGCCUGCCUUUUAUCUUUACCAUAUCUUUAUGUUUUUAAAUGCAUGCAACUGUUUACAGUUUCUGUCACAUCUCACUUCCCCGUCUGCCACUGUUCUAGUGCUAAUGCUUGUUUUUGUUCCCAUGGGUAUUUAACCUACUAUAACUGUAGAAUCUUAAAUCUUGCAAGGGGUAAGAUGCUUUCCCCUUUGGCUUUGUUAAGGUGCUAUUGACCCUCCCCCACUAUUUACCCUUGAUUUUUAAACAGUUUUCUCUUAAUUUUACAGUGCAUGAGACCUUGUCUUGUUCCUGUCCUGCUUUUUACAAAUAAUGCCAAUAUGGUAAAUACUUGAGGAAGACAAUUGGGUUUGGACCUGUGAUCAAGUGUGUUCUCCUCACUGAGACUUAUUUCUCCAAAGCCAUUUAUAACUUAGAACAGCUUCAAAUUUUGGAUCAAAUAUAUCAACCAGCUGUGAGAUAAGUCUCUAAUGUCUGCAUUUUGCAGUGAAUGUAUCACUUUUAUUGAAAAGUACAGUAUGUAGAUCACCAUUGCUAGCAACAGUAAACAUUCCUGCACCCUUUAAACAAGAGAUUUAGAAAUGUAGAGAUGCUGUUAAGUAUCUUUACCAUAUACUUCCAAUGUAGUCCGGUGUAGCUGGCAAUAUGGGUGGGCCUUUGUUGACUAAACCUAAAAUCACAGCCACGUGCAAUGUCCUUUCAAAGUCAUCACUACGGCAGCAGGGUUAAUCAUAUUGUUCUCAGCUUCCUAAUAUUAACUACUAGAGUAACUGGCCUCAGAACUGUGUAAGUUUCCAGCUGAUCAGUAGCUAAGAGGUCAAAUUUUACAGGGCACUGAGUCCUCAGCUACACUGGGUCCAGAAAUGGUUGAAUGGACAAAUGAUUUCAACACAGUCUAGAAAUAAGGGAAUUGCUAUCAUCAACUGUUUAAAAUAUUUGCAAGAAUAUUAACAGUUUAUUAUUGACUCAGUGGUGUAGAAAAGACUGAACAGACUGAAGUAUUAUGGUACAGGCUGAUUGGUACAGCCUGAAGUAUCCAAGCCAAAAUUUAAUAUUUGUAUACUGUACAAUAGCAGUGUUUUAAAUUUUCUACAGGUGGAAGUGCCAGACUUUUUUUAUGAAUAAAGCUUCUUGAAUGGUGA